AUGCACCUUGCAGCGUUGCCAAGCGCUGUUGCACUUCUGGUUUCGGCCUCGCAGGCUCUGGUGAUUCCGGAUGAUCAGCACAUCCCGCCGUCUCUGGAUCUGGGGACCCUUGCCAACAACUCCCUCUUUACUCGAUGGCGGCCGACAUACCAUGUCGCCGCUCCCGCCGUUCCAGAUCCCUGCGGCCCCAUGUACGAUCCGCUCCGGGACACGUACCACAUCUUCUACCAAGCCUUCCCGCAGCACGUCAACUUUGGCAACACGACCUGGGGCCACGCCACCUCGCGUGACCUCAUCAUCUGGCAGGACGUCGGCGGGUGGCAGAACCGCUCCUUCGUCGCCAUCGAGCCCGGUCCGUCUUUCAGCUACGACUGGCUCGGCGCCUUCUCAGGCGGCGCAUACCCAGGCAGUCUGUUCGGCGAGGCAGACGGCAACCUGACCGUCUUCUACACCGGCUCGCUCUCGAGCCCGGACUUCUGGCGUAAGCCGUACAAGCCCAACUCGGAGACGCAGAACGCGGCGACGUCCAGCGACGGGGGGCGGACGUGGCAGAAGUGGCAAGGCAACCCUAUCCUGAACGGCGCGCCCGGCGGCUGGAACGUCACAGGCAUGCGCGACCCCAUCCCCGCACGCAUCCCGGAGCUCGCCCGCGUUCUGGGCGACGACGAGGACACGUUCUACAUCACCAUCGGCUCCGGCAUCCGCGGCGUCGGUCCCCGUGCCCCGCUGUGGAAGGCCCCCAAGCACGACCUCACUGAUUGGUCGUUCCAGGGCUCGCUGUUCGAGGUCCCCGUCAACUACACGUGGGGCCCGGACGGCAACCGCACGGGGAGCUUUGGCGGCAACUUCGAGAUGGCGACCUUCUACCCGCUCGUCGAGAAGGCCGAGUUUGGCGGAGACGGCGAGACGCUGCAUUGGGUCUACACGUUUGGCGCCGAGGGCUUCGAGAGUUUUGGCCAUGACCUUACGCACUGGUCGCUGUUUGCGCUGGGCGACGUCACGAGAAGGGAUAAUGGGUCGGCAGCGUUCAGCAUCAGGGCGGCGGGGCCGGGCGAUUGGGGGAACGGGUACGCGGUCAACACGUUUUGGGACAGCAAGAACGAGAGGAGGGUGGCGUGGGGCUGGUCGGACGAGGACUUCAAUGGCUAUGGCGUCAGCCAGAACGGCUACCAGGGCUCGCUGCUGCUGCCCCGCGAGCUAUACGUCCGUAAGGUGAAGGGCGUCGUCGCGCCGGCUGCCGGCGCCCCCAACCAGAGCGCCGAGAUCUGGGAGCGCGAGCACGGCAGGCCGACGUACACGGUCACCACCCUGGCCCAGCGGCCCCUACCCGACGUCGUCGCCGGCAUCCAGCAGCAGCACGCCGGAACUCGCGUCGGAGACAUCCAGGUCACCGGCGAGCACCGCAUCCCCGCCCUCAACAGCUCGACCUACCACCUCCGCGCCACCCUCGACCUCGCCGCAUCGCCAUCGCCCCUUGACGCGGACCCUACCGCCGCGCAGUUCGGCUUCAAACUCCGCGCCGCUCCUGCCGACGAAGAGUUCACCUCCCUGCUCUACACCCCCGCCAACAACACCCUCGUCCUCAACCGCGCCCGCUCUUCCCUCAUCACGAACUUCACCCACUCCAGCUUCAACGCCUACCUCGAGCCCUUCCUGUUCCCCGCGUUCGACAACGAGACGGCCGACCCAGUCCCCGAGCCCCUCACCUUCGACAUCUUCGUCGACGCCUCCCUCCUCGAGGUCUUCGUCAACGACCGCGUCGCCCUGUCCACCAGGGUCUAUCCCUCGCGCGCGGAUGCCCUGCAGGCCGCGCUCGUGGCGACCGAAGGCAGUGCGGCGUUUAGGGAUGUGACUUACUGGGACACCAUGACGCAUGUGUGGCCGCGCCGUCCCACGAAUUCGAGCGGUGAGCUACACACCGACCCGUGGUAUGAAACGCAUGUCACCAUGGAGAACGAGUGGGUGGAGGUUGGGACGCAGGUUUAUGACGGGUACUGA